CCCUUGCAGCGAGCGCGCGGGGAAGCGGUGCCGAGCGGCCGGAGCUCGCCGGAGGACCGAAGAAGGAAGCAGCCGCGGCGCGCCGGCAUCGCCGCCGAGAUGCGGCUGGGCAGGCUGCUCGUGGCCGUCGCCUGGGGAUUCUCCGGGCUGCUGCUCGCCUCCCCCUCGCCGGGCGAAGGGGUCGCCGCCGCCGCCGCGGAGGCCAGCCUGAGAGCCGUGGAGGGCGCCGCCUCCUUCGCCGCCGCGAAGGAAACGAACAGCCGGGCCAGCAGAGCCAAGAGAAGAGGGCAGGCGGGAGGCGCCGCGGGGCACGAUGCGCUGAAAGGACCUAAUGUAUGUGGAUCUCGUUACAAUGCAUAUUGCUGUCCUGGGUGGAAAACUUUACCUGGUGGAAAUCAAUGCAUUGUCCCGAUUUGUAGGCAUUCCUGUGGAGAUGGAUUUUGCUCAAGGCCAAACAUGUGCACGUGUCCAAAUGGCCAGAUUGCCCCAUCCUGCGGCUCAAAAUCAGUGCAACAUUGCAACAUCAGAUGUAUGAAUGGAGGGACUUGCAGUGAUGAUCAUUGCCUCUGCCAAAAGGGAUACACAGGAACACACUGUGGACAGCCUGUCUGUGAAAAUGGCUGCCUUAAUGGAGGAAGAUGCGUUGCACCAAACAGAUGUGCCUGCACAUAUGGCUUUACAGGACCUCAGUGUGAAAGAGAUUACAGGACAGGGCCGUGCUUCACCUUGGUGACCAACCAGAUGUGCCAGGGGCAGCUCAGCGGGAUCGUCUGCACAAAAACCCUCUGCUGUGCAACAGUGGGGAGAGCGUGGGGUCACCCCUGUGAAAUGUGUCCAGCCCAGCCUCAUCCUUGUCGGCGGGGAUUCAUUCCAAACAUCCGAACAGGAGCUUGCCAAGAUGUGGAUGAAUGCCAAGCUAUCCCUGGGAUUUGUCAAGGGGGAAAUUGCAUUAAUACAGUUGGAUCUUUUGAGUGCAAAUGCCCAGCUGGACACAAGUUUAAUGAAGUGACACAGAAAUGUGAUGACAUUGAUGAAUGCAGUACCAUCCCUGGCAUCUGUGAAGGGGGCGAAUGUUCCAACACUAUUAGCAGUUACUUCUGCAAAUGUCCUUCUGGAUAUUCCACGACCCCAGAUGGCACUGGAUGCAUUGAUGUACGCCCAGGAUAUUGUUUUACUUCUCUCAUCAAUGGCCGUUGCAACAAUCAACUCCAGCAGGUGCUCACCAAAAUCCAGUGCUGCUGUGAUGCUGGACGAUGCUGGUCUCCGGGAGCUACUAGUGCCCCAGAAAUGUGCCCCAUUCGUGCUACUGAGGAGUUCCGCAAAUUAUGUAUAUAUGGCAGUUUGCCAGCUGGGAGACCAGACACGCCUAUUGUCCCCAGACCACCUUCUAUCUUCCCAUCUGAAAUAUUUCCACCAGUAUUUCCACCAGAUGGGAUUCUGCCUUCUCGAAGACCCCCAGGUAUUGUGUCAGUGAAUGUCACUCGGCCACAAGUCAACUUCUGCCAGUUAUAUCAAAAUCUCUGCAUUAACGGACGCUGUAUUCCGACUCCUGGAAGCUAUCGUUGUGAAUGCAAGAAAGGGUUUGAAUUGGACCUUAGAGGAGAAUGCAUAGAUGUUGAUGAAUGUGAGAGAAAUCCCUGCAUUGGUGGAGACUGUGUGAACACACAAGGUUCCUACAUAUGCCAGUGUCGCCCUGGAUAUCAGAGUACCCUGAUGAGGACAGAAUGCCGAGAUAUUGAUGAAUGUUUGCAGAAUGGCCGGAUAUGUAACAACGGGCGAUGCAUCAACACUGAUGGCAGCUUCCACUGUGUUUGCAAUGCUGGCUUUCAUGUGACAGCUGAUGGAAAGAACUGUGAAGAUAUGGAUGAAUGCAGCAUACGAAACAUGUGUCUUAAUGGAAUGUGCAUCAAUGAAGAUGGAAGUUUUAAGUGUAUCUGCAAACCUGGUUUCCAGUUAGCUUCAGAUGGACGUUACUGCAGAGACAUCGAUGAGUGUGAGACACCAGGAAUAUGCAUGAAUGGACGCUGUGUGAACACCGAUGGUUCUUUCAAAUGCGAAUGCUUCCCUGGCCUUGCUGUGGGGUUGGAUGGACGUGUGUGUGUCGAUACACACAUGCGAAGCACAUGUUAUGGUGAAUACAGAAGAGGUCAAUGCAUUAGACCAUUAUCUGGUGCAGUAACUAAAUCCGAAUGUUGUUGUGCAAGCACAGAUUAUGCCUUUGGGGAACCUUGCCAACCUUGUCCUGCUCAAAACUCAGAGGAAUAUCAUGGUCUUUGUAGCAGUGGCCCAGGAAUCACAGCAACAGGAAACGAUAUCAACGAAUGUGCAUUGAAUCCUGACAUUUGUCCAAACGGAAUCUGUGAAAACCUGCGUGGAACAUACAAAUGCAUAUGUAAUUUUGGGUAUGAAGUGGAUUCAACUGGGAAAAACUGUUUAGACAUCGAUGAAUGUGCCGUGAAUAAGUUGCUUUGUGACAAUGGGCAAUGCAGGAACACCCCUGGAAGCUUCACUUGUACUUGCCCCAAGGGAUUUGUGUAUAAACCUGAUCUGCAAACAUGUGAAGAUAUUAAUGAAUGCGAAUCCAGCCCUUGUGUCAACGGCGUGUGUAGAAAUACUCCUGGCUCUUUUGUCUGUGAAUGUUCCCCUGAAAGUUCUUUGGAUGCCACAAAAACUGUCUGCAUUGAGACAGUCAAAGGCACUUGCUGGCAGACCAUUGUGAAUGGGAGAUGUGAAAUAAAUAUAAAUGGGGCCACGCUAAAAUCUCAGUGCUGUUCCUCGCUGGGUGCUGCUUGGGGCAGUCCCUGUGUCCCGUGUGAAAAAGAUCCGAUAUGUUUAACAGGAUAUUCAAGGAUAAGAGGAAAUCAGUGCGAAGAUAUCAACGAGUGUGUAGUGUUUCCUGGAGUGUGCACAAAUGGGCAAUGUAUCAAUACUAUGGGAUCCUUUUUAUGCCAGUGUCCCAAUGGAAUGACUUUGGAUGCAACUGGACGGAGAUGUAUUGAUAUUCGCUUGGAGACAUGCUAUUUGAAACAUGAUGAUGAAGACUGCACAUCACCAGUCGGAGGGCGACACCGGCUAGAUUCUUGCUGCUGUUCUGUUGGAGCCGCCUGGGGACCUGACUGUGAUGAAUGUCCUGUAAAGUCCACCCCUGAAUAUGAAGCCCUUUGCCCAAGAGGACCAGGAUUUUUUACCCGAGGAGAGAUUAUAAAUGGGAAGCCUUUCUAUAAAGAUAUCAACGAAUGCAAAAUGGUUCCAAGAUUGUGCACCCAUGGGAAAUGCAAAAACACCAUUGGUAGCUUCCGGUGUAAAUGUGACAGUGGGUUUGCCCUGGAUUCUGAUGAGAGGAACUGUACAGAUAUUGACGAAUGCCGCAUCUCUCCUGAUCUUUGUGGCCAAGGAAUCUGUGUCAAUACUCCAGGGGACUUCCGCUGUGAAUGCUUUGAGGGCUAUGAAAGUGGAUUUAUGAUGAUGAAAAACUGCAUGGAUAUUGAUGAAUGUGAAAGAUACCCUUUGCUGUGCAGAGGGGGUGUUUGUUUAAAUACUGAAGGAAGCUACAGGUGUGAAUGUCCUCCAGGUCACCAGUUGGCAGCCAACAUCUCUGCCUGUAUAGACGUAGAUGAAUGUGACCUGGGUCUAAAUCUGUGCAGAAAUGGACGUUGUGUCAACCUUAUUGGGAAGUAUCAGUGUGCUUGUAACCCUGGAUAUCAGUCUACACCUGACAAACUGUAUUGCGUUGAUAUUGAUGAAUGCAGCAUAAUUAAUGGUGGCUGUGACACAUACUGUACCAAUUCAGAAGGCAGCUAUGAAUGUAGCUGUAGACCAGGAUUUGCUCUAAUGCCAGAUCACAGAACUUGCACUGAUAUUGAUGAGUGUGAAAACAAUCCUAACAUCUGCGAUGGUGGUCAGUGCACUAACAUCCCUGGAGAAUACAGGUGUCUUUGCUAUGAUGGCUUCAUGACAUCAGAGGACAUGAAGACUUGCUUAGAUGUUAAUGAAUGUGAUCUGAACCCAAACAUCUGCCUGAGUGGAAGCUGCGAGAAUACAAAAGGUUCUUUUAUCUGUCACUGUGAUAUAGGGUAUUCUGGAAAGAAAGGAACAACUGGUUGUACAGAUAUAAAUGAGUGUGAAAUUGGAGCGGAUAACUGUGACCGGAAUGCUGAUUGUACAAACACAGCUGGUAGCUUUAAAUGUAGCUGCAAAGUAGGCUGGCUUGGUGAUGGGAUCAAAUGUGUAGAUCUGGAUGAAUGUUCCAAUGGAACCCACCAGUGCAGUCCACAUGCUGAUUGCAAGAACACUGCAGGAUCAUAUCGUUGCUUAUGUAAAGAAGGGUAUAGUGGGAAUGGCUUCACGUGUAUAGAUAUUGAUGAAUGUUCAGAAAAUGUGAACCUCUGUGAAAACGGUCAGUGCCUGAAUGCCCCAGGUAGCUACCGCUGUGAGUGUGAUAUGGGAUUUUUGCCAACCCCUGAUGGAAAAGCCUGUGAAGAUAUUGAUGAGUGCUUCCUUUCCAACAUCUGUGUCUAUGGAACUUGUCACAAUCUUCCUGGCCUGUUCCGAUGCCAGUGUGAGACAGGAUAUGAACUGGACAGAAGUGGUGGUAACUGCACAGAUAUCAAUGAGUGUGCAGACCCUACAACAUGUAUCAGUGGCACUUGCCUCAACAUCCCAGGCAGUUAUACCUGUGAAUGUCCCCCAGAUUUUGAGCUGAACCCAACUCGUGUUGGCUGUGUUGAUACACGCUCUGGCUACUGUUACUUGGAAAUUAAACCUCGAGGAGAUAAUGGUGAUUCAGCUUGCAGUAAUGAAAUUGGCAUUGGAGUUUCCAAGGCCUCUUGCUGCUGUUCCCUUGGUAAAGCUUGGGGGAUUCCUUGUGAACAUUGUCCAGCUGUGAAUUCAAGUGAUUACAAACUGUUAUGCCCUGGAGGAGAAGGAUUUCGACCCAAUCCUAUUACAGUCAUUUUGGAGGAUAUUGAUGAGUGCCAAGAACUCCCUGGACUUUGCCAAGGAGGACGAUGCAUCAAUUCAUUUGGUAGCUUUCAGUGCCAGUGUCCAUCUGGGUACUAUCUGAAUGAAGACACCCGAGUGUGUGACGAUAUUAAUGAAUGUAUCACACCCGGUAUCUGUGGCCCUGGAACUUGCUACAAUACCAUUGGAAAUUUCACAUGCAUUUGUCCUCCUGACUAUAUGCAAGUCAACGGUGGAAAUAAUUGUAUGGAUAUGAGGAGGAGCCUGUGCUACAGAAACUACAAUGCUGACAAUCAAACUUGUGAUGGAGAGCUGCUUUUUAACAUGACCAAAAAAAUGUGUUGCUGUUCUUACAAUAUUGGACGAGCCUGGAACAGACCUUGUGAACAGUGCCCCAUCCCAAGCACUGAUGAGUUUUCAAGUCUUUGUGGAAGUCAAAGGCCUGGUUUCUUUAUAGACAUUUAUACAGGACUACCAGUUGAUAUUGAUGAGUGCCGUGAGAUCCCAGGUGUAUGUGAGAAUGGAAUCUGCAUAAACCUGGUUGGUAGUUUCCGAUGUGAAUGUUCAGGGGGGUUCUUCUACAAUGACAAGUUACUGAUCUGUGAAGAUAUUGAUGAAUGCCAGAAUGGACCAGUUUGUCAACAAAAUGCAGAUUGUGUUAAUACACCAGGGAGCUACCGCUGUGAUUGUAAACCUGGUUAUCGGUUUACACCUGUAGGCCGAUGUGUUGAUCGCAAUGAAUGUGCAGAGAUACCCAAUAUUUGUAGCCAUGGUGACUGCAUAGACCGUGAGGGAGGCUAUAUCUGUCGCUGCCACACUGGAUUCAAAACCAAUGAAGAUGAAACUAUGUGUAUGGAUAUUAAUGAAUGUGAAAGAGAUCCCUGUGGAAAUGGCACAUGCAGAAAUACAGUUGGCUCUUUCAACUGCCGCUGUAAUAUAGGAUUCAUCCUAUCCCACAAUAAUGACUGCAUAGAUGUUGAUGAAUGUGCCACUGGAAAUGGACAUCUGUGCAGAAAUGGCCAAUGUAUUAACACUAUUGGGUCUUUCAAAUGCCUUUGCAAUGAGGGUUAUGAGAUGUCUCCUGAUGGAAGGAUCUGUAUUGAUAUCAAUGAGUGUGCAUUAGAUCCUGGCAAAUGUGCUCCUGGAACAUGUCAAAAUCUGGAUGGCAGCUAUAGAUGCAUCUGUCCCCUUGGAUACGCCUUACAAGAUGACAAGUGUGUUGAUAUUGAUGAAUGUAAAGAAGAAGCAGAUAUCUGUGCCUUGGGCACAUGCAGUAAUACUCUCGGCAGUUUUAUUUGCUUAUGUCCUGAAGGUUUCAUAGUGUCCUCUACUGGACGAAGAUGUCAAGAUCUGAGGGUCAGCUACUGCUUCACCAAAUUUGAAGAUGGAAAAUGUUCAGUCCCCAAGUCCCGAAACCAUUCUAAGCAAGAAUGCUGCUGCAACAUGCAAGGAGAAGGAUGGGGCGAUCCCUGUGAGCUUUGUCCAGAAGAAGGAGAUGAAGCCUAUAAACAAAUUUGCCCAUUCGGAGUUGGCAUUCUGGUUGGUCCACGGGGUGAGCCCAUCGAUGCGGAUGAGUGUCAGGAUCCAGACAAUUGUAAGAACGGACUGUGUAUCAACACUGAUGGUUCCUUCCGCUGUGAAUGUCCUUUUGGCUACCUGCUUCAAGGGUCUGAAUGUGUUGACACUGAUGAAUGUGCUGUGGGAAGUCCAUGUGGAAACGGAACCUGCAAGAAUAUCAUUGGAAGUUUUGAAUGCACUUGUGAGGAAGGCUUUGAGCCAGGACCAAUGGUGACAUGUGAAGAUGUGAAUGAAUGCGCUCAGAAUCCCCUCCUCUGUGCUUUCCGAUGUGUGAACACAUAUGGCUCCUAUGAAUGCAAAUGCCCUGCAGGCUAUGUCCUCAGAGAAGACAAGCGAAUGUGCAGAGAUCAGAAUGAAUGUGAAGAAGGAAUUCAUGACUGUGACUCAAAGCAAAUGACUUGUAAGAACCUGAUAGGUACAUACAUGUGUAUAUGUGGGCCAGGAUUCCAGCGCAGACCAGAUGGUGAAGGUUGCAUAGAUGAAAAUGAAUGUCAAACCAAACCUGGGUUGUGUGAAAAUGGGCGCUGUGUAAAUACACAAGGAAGCUUCCGAUGUGAGUGUGAAGAUGGUUUCAUUGUCAAUGAAGCACAGAACGAAUGCAUCGACAACAGAGAAGGCUAUUGCUUCACUGAAAUCUUACACAGCAUGUGCCAGAUUGGAUCAAGCAACAGGAACCCUGUGACGAAAUCUGAGUGCUGCUGUGAUGGUGGGAGAGGAUGGGGACCCAACUGCGAGAUCUGCCCUUUCGUUGGCACUGUCGCUUUUAAGAAGCUUUGUCCACAGGGCCGUGGAUUCACAACUAGCGGAGCAGAUAUUGAUGAGUGCAAGGUCAUUCACGAAGUCUGUCGGAAUGGGGAAUGCGUCAAUGAGGAAGGAUCGUACCACUGUAAUUGCAAGGAAGGCUAUACCACUGAUGUGACAGGCACACUUUGCAUAGAUCUGAAUGAGUGCAACCUGUCUCCAAAGCCUUGCAAUUUUAUUUGCAAAAAUACCGAGGGUAGCUAUCAGUGCUCUUGUCCGAAAGGAUACAUUUUGCAGGAAGAUGAGAGAAGCUGCAAAGACCUUGAUGAAUGUGCAACCAAACAACACAACUGCCAGUUCCUUUGCGUCAACACUAUUGGAGGCUUUACUUGUAAAUGUCCUCCUGGUUUUACGCAACAUCAUUCAGCAUGUAUUGAUAACAAUGAAUGUGCCACUGACAUCAAUCUUUGUGGAUCAAAGGGUAUUUGUCAAAAUACUCCUGGAAGUUUCUCAUGUGAAUGUCAGCGUGGCUUCGCACUGGACCAAACAGGAGCUGCCUGUGAAGAUGUCGAUGAGUGUGAUGGAAAUCAUCGGUGCCAGCAUGGUUGCCAGAAUAUAAUUGGAGGAUACAGGUGUAGCUGCCCACAAGGGUAUCUCCAACAUUAUCAGUGGAACCAAUGUGUUGAUGAAAAUGAAUGCCUCAGUGCUCAUAUUUGUGGUGGAGCAUCUUGCCACAACACUUUGGGAAGUUACAAAUGCAUGUGCCCUACUGGAUAUCAGUUUGAACAGUUUAGUGGGGCAUGCCAUGAUGUGAAUGAGUGUGGGUCCUCUCAAGCGCCAUGCAGCUAUGGUUGCUCAAAUACAGAAGGUGGUUAUGUCUGUGGAUGCCCACCAGGGUACUUCCGAAUAGGGCAAGGACACUGUGUGGCUGGAAUGGGGCUGGGGAAAGGUCAGAACCACGAAUUACCAAUCAGCGGUGAAGUAGAUGACAAUUCUCUUUCUCCAGAAGCAUGCUAUGACUGUAAAAUCAAUGGCUACCCGAAAAGGGGGAGGAAACGGCGAGGCGUAAAUGAAACAGAUGCACUUAAUACAGAGGAUCAGCUGGGGACAGAUGCAGCUGUUAACCUCGCCAGCUGGGAUCUUGAAAAACCAGCCAUCUUAUCUUUCAACAUCUCCAGCCUUAACAACAAGGACCGCAUCCUGAAACUGAUCCCUGCUCUCACAACACUGACAAACCACAACCGAUAUUUAAUAGACCACGGGAAUGAAGGUGGUUUCUUUAGGAUAAACCAGAAGGAAGGAGUAAGCUUCCUUCACUUAGCUAAGAAGAAGCCAGUGCCUGGAAUAUAUUCAUUACAGAUUAGUAGCAUUCCACUCUAUAAAAAGAAGGAACUCCUUCAAUUUGAAGAUAAACAUGACCAAGACUACCUCAGUGGUGAGCUAGGAGACAGCCUGAGAAUGAAAAUUGAAAUUGUGCUUCACUAAUUCACCAAGCAGAGACCAAAUUAACGAAAGCCAAAGAUAGCUAGGUGAGACUUGAAUGUUUUAUUUCUCAAUAAGGUUCUCCAUAUCACAGGAACAAUCUGUAUUCACUUGGACAUGUGAGCACUAUUCUGUUUUGACAUAAGUAAGGUACAGGAAGAAAACUGUAGCUCACAACCACCAUUUUCUCAGGCUUCUUGUAAGUGUAGCUACUUUGAGAUACUGAAUCUUGAAUUCCGGGACUGCUGUUGGAAGUUGGUCACAGAUGCGAGCCAACAUCUGAUGAGCCCAGGUACCAGGAGUCGCAAGACCACAAGUUCCAUCAAUAGAUUCUUCUUCUAUUUUUUUUUUUUAAUCUUAACAUCCACUUCCCCAGCUACAUCUUACUAGGUCAGCCAUUUCUGUUAUUGAUUUGGUGCUAGAAAAAUGUCCAGCCUAGAUUUUAUAAAUGCACUGUAAUAUAUACACUAGAAGCCAAAGAAAUUGCAAUUACUCAGUCCAACUACAUCAAUCAACCCCAAUUUAGCUCAGUAGUUUAUCUCAGUUAUAUCUAUAAUACAAUACAUGUAAAUUAAGUGUGUGUAUACUGUAACCAUGCUAUUUUUUAUCCAUGAAGCAUUUGUAAACUAGAUUAAUAAUACCCUUCAUGCAAGGGUUUAUAAUGGUGCUUAUAAGACCAACUACUUAACUGUAUACACAAACUUGGUGAUGAAAUUUCUGUGACAAUCAAAAUGCACUGAGGUCAGCAGGGACCAUUCAAAACUUUUCAGAAGUCACAUGACACAGUGCCAUCCAGUUAUGCCAUGAUAUAAUGUAACACACGUCCAAUAAUACCUAUCAUGACUCAUAUCUACAAGGGUUCAGUGUCAAAAGUCACAAUAAAAUCAUUCUUUUUUUAGUUCA